AUGAACUCCUCGCCAUCUAGCUCUUUUCUCUCAGAGCGUGAACAAAUACCGACAUCCGAAGAAAGAGAAGUUCUCUCUCAUGCAGAGAAAUCAAGUCUUCCACACUACAGGGAUAAUAAAGAAAACAUCAAAUCUCCCUCAAUCGCCAAUUAUCUGAGAAUCCUCCUCUAUGGUGCCAAAAAUGGUCGAGCCUUCACCAUUAUAUUAGGAUUGGUAUGUGCGAUGGGUUCUGGAAUUGCUCUUCCCUUGAUGAACAUUGUGUUUGGGAAACUUGUUGGUGACUUCAAUCGAUAUUUUGUGCCCGGCUCGGAGCAAAAUGAGCAAACGUUUAAAUCCUCCGUCAACAGAUCUACCUUAUAUAUUGUUUACUUGUUCAUUGGGAAGUUUGUGUUGACAUAUGUUUCCAUGGUUUGCUUCCGAAUCAUCAGUUUACAUGCGUCCGCCGCAUUGCGCCUCGAGUACACCAAAGCACUCUUUGCCCAGUCUAUAAGCCAACUGGAUGAGAUCACGGUGGGAGCCAUAACCAAUUCCAUUACAGCACUAUCGAACACGAUUCAGCAGAGUGUCUCUGACCGACUUGCCAUCUUGUUUCAAUCCCUAGCCCUCCUCAUUUCGGCAUAUGCCAUUGCAUUUCGGUACUCAUGGACGCUCACACUAGUAGUCAGUGCGGCCAUAUUAUUUGUCUUGAUUGGCUUUGCCAUAACAGUACCCUACCUUGUUAAAGCCCAACAGGAUGUGGAUAGACUUGAUAAUAAGCACGCAUCCAUUGCCUCCGAUGUGUUCAGCUCCAUUCGGACUGUGUUCUCCCUUAAUGCAGAAGCCCCACUGUCCAAGAAAUAUUCCCUGUUGGUUGAUGAUGCCCAAAAAAAAGGCAUGAAAAUUUCCCCGGUCCACGGAAUCCACCUUGCACUUCUUUUCUUCGCAAUGUAUGUCAGCUUCGCAUUGGCAUUCUGGUUCGGAUUGAAACUUUAUCGUGAAGGUCACAUUGCGAAUAUCAGCACUGUUAUUACGGUUUUCUUUUCAGUGUUGAUCGUGGUCACCGUCCUUGGGGGUAUUGCGUCGCCACUCAUAAUCAUCUCCAAGGCUAUCAGUGCUUCUGCAGCAUUCUUCAACAUAAUUGACUCGGAGAGGAUCUCCACCACCGGCCUGCGAGAACCUGUGGUAUCCAGUCGUACUGAUAUCGUAUUUCAAAACGUUGUAUUUGCCUAUCCGACGCGACCGAAUAUAUACGUUUUGAAAGGCUUUAAUGCUCGAUUUGAGAAAGGCAAAACAACAGCCCUCGUUGGACCAUCCGGCACCGGGAAGAGCACUGUCAUCGCCUUGAUCGAGAGAUGGUAUCAGCUGCAAGCCCCGUCUGACUCAGCAGAAGAAAGUUCCUCUGGAGACAUUCUUAUAGAUGGGCAAUGCAUAAAUAACCUAGAUUUGAAGUGGUUGAGAUCCCAGAUUGGACUUGUUGAGCAAGAACCAUUUCUUUUCAAUGACUCAGUUUACAAUAAUAUUUCUUUUGGACUGAUUGGGUCUAAGUGGGAGAAUGAAUCGGAGGACAAGAAGAAGGAACUGGUCAUUGAGGCGUGUAAAGAAGCCUUCGCUGAUGAAUUUAUCGAGCGGCUUCCUCUGGGCUAUUCUACCGUCAUUGGCGAAGGUGGCAUUACAUUAAGUGGUGGUCAACGACAGAGGCUUGCCAUCGCCCGAAGUAUUGUUCGGCAACCCCCAAUUUUACUCCUCGAUGAAGCUACAAGCUCGAUUGAUGUUCGUGGAGAGAAAGUUGUUCAAGCUGCCCUCACCCGCAUAUCUAAGGACCGCACAACAAUCGUUAUUGCGCAUCGCCUAUCCACCGUUCGAAGAGCCGAUCAUAUCAUUGUCAUGAAGGAUGGAAUUAACAUUGAGCAGGGCACCCACGAGGAACUCACACUAAAAAGUGGAAUGUAUCAUAGUAUGGUCUAUGCGCAGCAGCUCCAACCGUUGUCAGAUCUUGCAGAAGACGGGACUGAAGAUAUUGUAUUUUCGCCAAUAGAGAACAUCGGGUCUCGAGGUUACUCCAGUUACCACAGCGACGAUGGCGAAGACCAAGAAAGCGGCCAGAAAAGCAAGGAAGUUGGUUUUUUCCGCGCUUUUUGGGUAUUCGCGUAUGAGCACCGACGCCAUUGGAUUUUAUACGUUUUUAUCAUCAUUGGAGCAGUGGGAGCCGGGUCCGGUUAUGCGUUACAAAGCUGGCUUUUCGCGAAGUUGGUUGAGGUUUUUCAGUUCACGGGUCAAAGGCUUGUGGACGCAGCUAAUUUCUGGGCGCUAAUGUUUUUCAUACUGGCCCUCGCCAUGGCAGCUUUUUAUGGAAUGCUAGGGUUUGCAUCUAAUUCUAUCUCGAUGUUCAUUGUCUCCACGUAUCGUAAGGACUAUUUUUUCAACCUCAUCCGAGAAUCUGUGUCAUACUUUGACAGAGAGGAAAAUGCUUCUGGUAGCCUGGUCUCGAAAUUAUCAAUGGAUCCAAGGCAACUGCAGGAGUUAUUCGGCCCAACCGGUGUAUUUCCACUCAUUUCUGUUUUCAAUGUCAUUGGAUGUGUCGCCAUCUCAUUUGCCUUUGGGUGGAAGUUAGCAGCUGUCUCGAUUUUUGCUGCAAUGCCCUUCCUCUUCCUCGCAGCCUUCAUGCGUAUCCGGUAUGAGAUUAUGUUCGACUCCUUGAAUGCGGCGGUAUACAAAGAUAGCUCGAAAUUUGCCUCCGAAGCUGUGAGGGGAUUCAGAACCGUUACUGCUUUCACCAUGGAAGAUACUAUUAUUAGAAGAUACUCGGCGCUGCUAACCGAUCAGAGAAAAAAGGCCAUUCGAAAAGCAUGGUAUGCAACACUUGUUUUUUCGUUUUCAGACAGCGUUGAGUUGUGUGCAAUGGCACUUACCUUCUGGUACGGUGGCCAACUGCUGGCAUCACGAGAAUACGAACCUACUGUAUUCUUCAUCGUCUAUAUUGCAAUCAUCCAAGGGGGUCAAUCUGCCGGGCAGUUCUUCAGCUUCGGUCCCAAUAUCGCCCAGGCGAAAGCCUCCGCCAGCCGUAUUUUAGGAGCACGAUCAUCCGUCAAACAGCAACUUCAGAACUCCUCUCCAGAACCCUUGCUCUCUUACGGGCAAAACUGUGCUGCUGAUAUUGAACUCAGAGAUGUCUGCUUCAAAUAUGCUUCUCGAAAUAUCCCAGCACUUGUGAACGUUAAUAUUUCCAUUGACAGUGGUCAAUUCGUCGCAUUUGUUGGACCAUCUGGUUCUGGAAAGUCCACAAUCAUCUCAUUGCUAGAGAGAUUCUACGACCCCACACAUGGCUCUAUCCUGUUCAAUGGACGGGAUAUCUGCUCUCUUGAACUCUUUUCCUACCGAAAAUGCCUUUCCCUGGUAGCCCAAGAGCCAAAGCUGUUUGACGGUAGUAUUAAAGACAACCUGCUUCUCGGUCUUGAAAUCACUGAUGACAAGCUCAUCGAGAACCAAAUGGUACAGGCAUGUAAAGAUGCUGAGAUUCAUGACUUUAUCAUGUCACUUCCCGAUGGCUACUUUACCGAUCUUGGUACCAAUGCGCAAACAGCGUUCAGUGGCGGUCAGAAGCAGCGGCUCUGUAUUGCUCGGGCACUUAUCCGAAAACCCCUUGUGCUGCUUUUGGAUGAGGCGACAUCCAGCCUGGACUCACAGUCUGAGAAGCUCAUCCAGGAGGCGAUGGAGCGCUUAGCUGUAAAACGCAACAUGACUAUUAUAGCUGUUGCGCACAGGCUAGCCACAAUCCAGAAGGCAGAUGUUAUCUUUGUUUUAGGUGAGGGUGUGACUAGUCGGGGGUCAGAGAUCCUUGAGAAGGGAAACCAUAAUGAACUGUUGCGAAACAAGGGACCAUAUUGGCAAAUGUGUCAAGCACAGGCAUUGGAGUUGUAG